UUGUCUUUGCUCUGUUGCUUUCUACUUUCGUCGGCUGCUGCAUUUCUUGAAACAUCAUGUCACACGUGUGCUGACUUUGCAGUUCAACAAGUGUGUGAUGCAACACCCAUUACGUCCAACGGAAGUUGUUGUUCCAUCAAUAGUAUUUCUGCGACUAAAGAUAGUCUACCUAUUGUGGAUGACAACUACUCAGCAGACCGCCACAGUUCCAAUUUCGCAUCCAUUACAGUAACCCCAACUGAUGACUGCUCCGGAACCUGCAAUCCUAGCAGCCCAUACAAAGACAGCUGUGAAACAGAUUGGUGCUCCCAAAACACUUCAAUCACGUGUAUGUUUGACGCGGGAAUGUUUUGCACGCUCGCCGGUUUUUCCUCAAAAUCCCGAAGUACUGCGUGCUCUGUCGACAAACAGACAACCGGAAACGACUGGUCUCUGACAGUGAUAGGCACUAACUCCGCUUGUAAAGCGAUUUGUUACAGUCUAGACCUUCUACAAGUAGAAACUUACUCACUUGCGUUGUUUUCUUACCCAACUGGUGUCGAUGGCGUUCCGUUGAAAGUGGAAACUUCGAGGGCGGCUAGAUACUGUUUUCUGCAAGAAAUAUCGAUCCGUUUGUUAAAUUCUGCAAGUCAGUGGAAAACGGCAGGAUGCAACCUAACAUACACUCCUGACAAGGAAUGGUGGAUAACAGUUGGUGCGAAUCCACGCAAGGUCGUUCACACCAACUGCACAGUUGGUUGUCUUGAAACAAGCGAUUGCAACCAAAACAGCACUAGCUCUAGAGUGAGUGGAAUCUACGUCACCACUCAGCUUGGUAAGAUUGGUAACUAUCCUCGCUUGCAAUUCUGCUCUAUGACGGGCUUCGUGGCAACGUACAGAAUAAAACGCAAGAGACAUCGACACAAGAAGCCUAGUAUAGGAGGUGAUUGCUUGGUCAGCAAUGACAAGAAUGGAACCUACUACUUGGAGAACAAUAUUCCUACGACGGCUAGUAACGUUCACUUUACAUGUGCAGCUCAGUGUGGAUGUUUUGAACACGUGACCCACUGCUACUCACUUUCGUUUUAGCUAUGUUGCGUUCUUGGUGCUUCUGUGCUAUUAUAAAUACCUCAUAUGCAUAUUAUUAAUUAAUGCAUUGUGACUUCGUAGACUCUAUAUCUAGUUAGUGGUUGCAUCAACGAGAAGAAUGAAACUUACUAGACUUGGAGAGCAAUAUUUCUACGACGGCUAAUAACGUUCACUUUGUGCAGCUCAGUGUGAAUG